UCAAAAACCCCGGCAGAGACACCGAGCAGCACAGCCUGCCUGCCACAGAAAGAUUUACAAUCUCUGUGGCGUACCAGUGGGGAACAGGACAGUGUGUGUGCACACACACAGACAAAGCAGGAGGAAGGUGAGUCCAACCCCCAGCAGCAGGGCCAUCCUUCUGCUGCUGGAUUUUUCCAGCCGAAGCAUCUUACCGUCUCUGCUGCAAUUUAUGGAAAUUGAUUUCUGACGUGGGGCUUUUUCUGCUACAGCAGGAACCCACCGGGUGGAGGAGGCAGAGCUGCAGUCAGGGCAGGAGAAGGGAGGGAGGAAAGGAGCUUGGCACAGGGGGAAAGCCAGAAAGAGAGAAGGGCGCCGAGGUACUACAGUGAUGGGGCAGUUAUAGCUGAGACAGAUGAGAGAAGGAGCAAGGGAGAGCAGAGAUCCCGAGUGAGUCACAGGAGGGCAGACAGGCACAGAGAGGGAGCCCAGAGAGCGCUCUGCUAUCCCAAGAAAGACCUGCCCAGCUGGACUCUUCACCAUGAGCACGAGGGAGACCUGCGCCCAGGAAGUGGGGCCAAGGGAUGGGGAGGAAAAGCGGAGCGAAGGCACUCAGAAUCCGGACAGGAGGCAGCGCGAAGUGGAGCUGCGGGAUAAAGCCAUCCUGCAACAGAAGAGGCGCCUGAAACAGGCCACCCAGUUUGUGCACAAGGAUUCUGCUGACCUGCUGCCCCUGGAUGGCUUGAAGAGGCUGGGCACCUCCAAGGAUCUGCAGCCACACAGUGUGGUACAACGGCGCCUCCUGGAGGGGAAUCUGAACAAGCUGCGGGGGGAGAGCAGGGAAUAUACCACAUGGGUUCAAUCCCCACUGGUGAAGGACAAGGAUGACAGGGCAGAAAAGAAAGAGAACGACAGAAGGAAAGAGGCUGUGUCCCUGCUCAUACACUGCAAGUGCCAAGGUCAGGUAUUGAGAGCUGCUGUUAAUACUGGCUGCCAGCAAAACCUCAUCUCCAUGAGCUGUCUGAAACGGCUGGGGCUGGAGGAAGUGUCCGAUGCUGGCAAUGGGGAUCUUUCCCUUCCUGUCCCUAGUGUCAUUGGCCAGGUGGAGUGUGUGGAGGUGCAGCUUGGCCAGGAGACGGUGGUGUGCUCAGCGCUGGUCGUGGAUGAUGAAAUGCUGGAGUUCUGUUUCGGCCUCCAGACUCUGCUGUCUCUCAAGGUAAGGAAUGGGUUUCCUCUCAUCGCAUCUGAACAUAAUGUAGGUGUGGUGGCACGUCUCAAUGAGACCCCAAGCUGGGGCUGCAGGAAGCAUGCGAUACUGAUGGCCAAACUUGCCAGGGUGUUGGCCACCCUGCUUCCUGAUCUCUGA